AUGUAAUAUGGAAAUAUUUAUAUAAAUAACAUAAUGAAAUGGAUGUAAUUGCUUGUCUUGAGAAUGCUUAUGUAGAUAGUGCAAUGUGGUAAGAUAUUGAAUAUCUAUUAAGGUUGGGAACUAUUUAAAUCAGAAUUAAUAGAUAGUUCAACCUUCUCCCUUUGGAAAAACUCUAACAAUUCACCAGGUUCAAAUUUACUUUAAGUCUGUGAUCUAUAGCCAACUCUUAACUCUAAACUUCUAUAAGGGGAUACACUUUUGAAUAGAAAUAUUUUAAUGCCAACUUCACGAGCAUUCAGCAAAAUUAGAAUAAGUUUUGAUAUCUACUAUAUAAAUAUAUGGAAUGCAGCUGAAUCUAUUACAGUUUAUGCUAACAGUCUAUUGGUUCAUUAUGAAAAACCAUUGCCAUUUGAAAUUAAAGAUUACCCUCUAAGAUUUUGUGUUUCUAGGCCAUUUGGAAAAUCAUACGCUGAAUAAUUUUCACGUAUAGAUUAGGAAAUAGCAUUUAAUGAUCCAAAUUUAAAUAUUGAAAUAGUUCAUGAUAGAGCAUUAACAGGAACGACCAGUGAAUAUGGAAUCAGCAAUUUCAUUUUAUAAAUAUAUUUUUGUGAUGAUAGAUGUGAAGAAUGUGAUUAAAAUGAAUGUGUAUUAUGUAAAAUAGGAUAUCAAUUGAUCAGAAAUUAAUGUGUAUGUCAUCCAAAUUUACAAUAUUCAUACUUUAAUCCUGAUUUAACAUGUGUAGAUGAAUGUCCUAUAAAUUAUACAUCAGAUGAGAAUAGAAUAUGUUAAUUAUCUAUUGUUAGUCCAAUAUACUCUGAUCUUGAAGAAGAUAUAUUUAAUACUUAUAAAUUUAAAUUUGUUGCUGAUAAAUAUUAUAGUAUAAAUUAAUAGAUGAUAAAUUUAAUUGGAUCAAAGACUAUUGCAGGUAUGUUUACUAAUACAGAUUCAAUUUUUUAUGAUGACGUUUAUUUACAGCCUAAUUUUAAAUAUACAAUUAAAUUACACCUUUAUAUUACUGGUAAAAUGUCAAAGUUAUUCCCUGAAACUAUUUAAAUACUUUUUAAUUAAUAUAUUGUUGUUUAUAUGGAGGAAUUCAAUUAAAUUUCAUUGACAUCUCCAAUUACUUAAUCUACAACUGUAGGUUAAGCAUAAUCUUGUUUUAUACCAAACUAUACAAAGUGUGUAUCAUAUGAAAUAACUAUUUAAAUAGAAUUAACUGAAUUAGUAACAGAAAUAAUGUUUAAAACUAAAUUUUAAUUAAAUUCUCCAUAAAGAACAUGGGGUAUUAGAAAUUUCUAAAUUAAUUAAUAUUAAAUAACUUCAAAUACUUUUUAAUGUUCAAAUAAUUGUUAUACAUGUAAUCAAUCUCAACUUAAUGUUUGUUUAUCUUGUUCUGGAAGUUUGAAAUUAUUUAAUGGUAAUUGUGUAUCUUAAUGUCCAAAUUAUACUAUAACUAAUGGAAACUCAUGUGAAGAUCUAUCACUUAAUUCAGCAGAUGAAAAAUAUCUAGUUAAUAUGUAUCAUGAUAUGAAUUAUUAUCGUUAAGAUAUCUUUGAACCAUUAUAAAAUAUAACUUAAUCAUUUUUUAUGAAUCGAAUUAUUUUAGGUGGAUUUGGUAAAUGGUAGAAUUAAUAAAUUAACUUUAAAAUAAAUCAUGACAAAUAAAUUUAUAAAGUAAAAGUAUAAUUCAAUUUGGUUUUUAUUGAUUCAACUAAUAACUAAAUUUAAUUUCGUACUAGCAUCAAUAAUGAAUUACCACAAUAUAGUAUAUUUGGAAGUAGCAUUUCAGUAGGAAAUUAAGUGGGUUAAUCUUAUGUUGAAGUAACUUAAAGUGUUUCAUAUGUGAAAUCUUUUGAAUCUACUAAAGAACUUAAACUUCAUUUAUAAUGUAUACAAGGAAUUGAUAUUGAAGCAUAUUGUGGUAUCUAUGAUUUUAGAAUAAUUGUAUCUACUUGUUAAGAUAAUUGUUUAAAAUGUGAUGAUCAUGGGAAUUGUAUAAAUGAAAUUAAUACAAUUAGUAAAGAUAUUAAUGGAUGUAAGGAUGGUUAUUAUAAAAAUGGAAAUGAAUGUUUAUAAUGUAUUUAAGGAUGUACAUUAUGUACUAAUAUGAACUUAUGUUAAGCAUGUAAAGUAGGUUAUGAAUUAAGAUUUAAUACUUGUUUUUGUAGCUAAGUAAAAGAAAGAAUAAAUUAUUGUGAAUAAACAAAUUGUUUUCAUAAUUGUAAAACUUGUAUAAAUACAUAAGAAAGUUAUGGAAUUUGGAAAUAAUAUCAUCCAAAGAAUUGUUUAUCAUGUGAUGAAUCUAAAAAUUUAUGGUUAAAUGUAAAUUAAUGUAGUUGUUUGGAUGGUUAUUAUAUGGAGAGUUUCAGCUGUUAUUUAUGUUUACCAACUUGUUUAAAAUGCUAUUAAUAAGCAAGAACAUGUACUGCAUGUCAUCCUGGAUAGAAUAGAAUUUUAGAUAAAGAAUAAUGUCGUUGUUCAAAUGGAUAUUUUUAAGAAGACAAUGAUUUAGUUUGUAGUAAAUGUAAUGAUUUAUGUGAAAAUUGUAAUUUCACAAAAGAUUAAUGUAAUUCAUGUUAUUCUAGUCAGAAUAGAAGAUUAAAUAUUGAUACAUGUAUUUGUAUGGAUGGAUUUUAUGAUAGUGGAGAUUUGAUUUGUAAAAGUAUAAAUUCAUUUCAUAACUUUAGAAUGUCCUUAAAAAUGUAAAACUUGUUUAAAUGAAACUACUUGUUUAACUUGUAAUGAAGAUUAAUAUAGAAUAUUAAGUAUUGAUAAUAUUACAUGCACUUGUUAAUCUGGAUAUUUUGAUUAAAGUCCUGAUAAUACAUGUGGAAGUAUGUAUUUUAUUUUAAUAAUUAGAAUGUCAUUCAAGUUGUUUAGAGUGUAAAUAGAAUAAUAAUUUUGAAUCAUGUACAAGAUGUUCUGAUACAAGAGAACCUAAAUAUAAAAAUAGUAAUGUUUUGUUAUUUGAAUGUAAAUGUAGAAGAGGAUACUAUGAAUCAAAUAAUUAAGAAUGUUCUAAUUGUGCUGAUUAUUUGAAUCCUCCAAUUAAUCAUUAUUGUUAUUCAAAAUGUGGUGAUGGUAUAAUAUAAUGGAAUGAAGAUUGUGAUGAUGGUAAUAAUAUAGAUAGAGAUACUUGUUAUAAAUGUUUAAAUGGUAAUUCAUUUUGUUUUGAUUAUACCUGCACUGGAUGUUUAGCAGGAUAAUGUACUGGUUGUAUAGAUGGAUUUUAUUUAACUAAUGAAUUCAUUUGUUUACCCUGCAAUUCAAGUUGUAAAACUUGUAUUGAAAGAGCUGACAAUUGUACUGAUUGUAUAAUCUAUAAAGAAGAUUAAUCUGGAUGUCUAAUGUGUGAUUAAAAUUUAGGAUAUUAAAUAAGUGAUUCUUAAUGUGUUCCUAUUUGUGGAGAUGGAAUUAAAGUUGAUUAGGAAGAAUGUGAUGAUGGUAAUUUAGUUAUUGGUGAUGGAUGUGAUUAAAUGUGUAAAAUUGAAUCUGGUUUUAAUUGUGGGUCUCAAUGUUAAAAAGCUAUUUAUCCUAGUAUUAUAUUUGAAAUCAAUAAAUCAGAUAAGAAAUUUGAUAAAUAAAGAAUUGUAAGAAUUAAAACAGAUUCUCUAGUUUCAAUUAGUGGAAGUAUCAAUUCUAUUUUUACAUUUAAAAUAAACAAUUGUGAUGAUUAUGAUCUUACUUUUAUUGAUUUAACUCAAUAUUCUGAUAAAUUCACUUACUUAUUUUUAGAAUUGACCUUAAUUUUCAAAUAGUCUGUACCUGAUCCAGAAUUAGUUUGCUAGAUUAUUUAUUAGAAUGCUGUAUUGAAUUAAGAUGGUAAUACAUUUGGAGAAAAGAAUUAUAUGAUCAAAUUAAAGGAAUAUCAAUAACCUUCUAUUUCUACAGAAGAGGCUACUGAUGGAUUGAUGAAACUGAGUAAAUAUAUACUCUAUUUACUAUUUGGAUUUGCAAUAAUAGCAUUUUUAUUUGGUGGAUUGAAUAUAUUUUGGAAUCUUUUGGAUGCCUUACAAUUAGUCUCUUACCUUCAAUUCUUUAAUGUUGAAUAUCCAUAUAAUUUAAAUAAUUAUUUCACCAUCUUUGGAUUUGCUCAAUUUGACUUUAUUAAAAAUUACUUAAAUUUAGAGACAUUUAUUAGUGAAUAUGUGAAUACUCCUGAUGCAGAUCCUAAAUUCAGAGAUGAAGGUUAUUCAACUGUAUUCUAUGUCAAUAUCAUUCCAGUCUUUACUGUAUUUAUGACUACUCUUAUUGCUUAUAUUGUAUGUACAGCAUUGUUAUCAACAUUAACUAAAUUUUCACAUUCCUUUGUAUAUGUACCACUUAAUUCUUAAGAAUAAAGUAUUUGUACUUUUUUCAUUUACAGAAUAACAAGAAAUCUACAAAUACUAUUGAUGCGUUUCAAUAAAGCCUUUACAUCAGGUGUGAUUAGAACUUUUAUGGCUGUAGCUUUUGAUUAUAAUCUUGCCUUAUUUCUAUAGUUAAAGGAUUUCCAACUUAAUAAUUCAAUCUUAUUCACUAGUUUUAUUUUUUGUUUAAUAGCAUUUGUAAUAGAACUUAUAUUUAUUUCUAUGGCUAUUAAUUUUAUGUCCAAACCAUCUUUUGUAUUUAAAUAGAAAAUUAAUUUAGAUAAUUUUGGAGCUAUUUAUGAAGGAAUUAAAUUAGAUAAAAAUCCAUUUACUUAUUAUUUUAAUAUAGUACUCUUAAUAAAAAAAAUGUUAUUUAUGCUAUGUCUUGUAAUGUUCUAUUCAUCACCUUGUUUAUAAGUUGGAUUAGUAUCUCUUCUUAAUAUUGUAAUGGCUCUAUAUCUUAUAAAAAUAUAACCACUUGAAGACAAAGAUGAAUUAUUCAAAUAAGUAGGUUCUGAAAUUUUAAUUUGGUUAGCUGAAAUGCUUAUCUUAGGAUUUGCUAUUAAUGAAUAAUCAAAAUCACUUGAUGAAGAUUAACAACUUAUAAUUGGAUGGUGUGUAAUUGCUUUAACAUCAUGUCUAAUAUUAUUCCAAUUAUUUAUAGAUGUCAAAUAACAUAUAAAUUUCUUAAUUAAUGAAUAUGCCAUCAUCAAAAAAUUUAUAUACAAACUUAAGAAUAUGAUUUUUAAAAAAGAACCAGAAUAAGAAGAAUAAAAUAUUUUCCUUAAAGGAAGAAGAAGAAUGGGAAUUGAAAACUUGACAUCCCAAACUAAUAUUAUGACUAAUAAGUUUAGAAAUCUAAGUAAUUAAAAAUAAGGAAGAAUGGUAACAUUUACUAUCAGCUCAAGUAGUAGCUGA